CUCCCUCACAGCCCGGCGGGGAGGGGACCCGGUGCGGCUCCGCGGGGCUGGAACGCGCGCCCCGGGUUCUUAGGGCGCGGGGGCCCCGGCUCGGCCCUGGCCAGCCUCAGCCCGCUCCCGCUGGCAGCGCCCCUCGCCGUGGCCCCGGGGCGGCGCAGGCUCGGAUUGGCGGCCCGCAGGUAGCCGGGGAGGAAAGGCCGAGCUUAGCUUCGCAUUCGGCAGCAGCAGCCUGCGCCGAGGGUAGGUCCGGUUUCGGCCUCUGGAGUUGCCCUGUGACUGACACACACACACGCCCCCACAUGCCAGCGCACCCGACUCUUAGCGAACAAGUGGCCACGGCCCUGCUGAGGAGGGAUGUGCUGAUCGGCACGGCGGUCGUCCUCAGACUUGCUCUAGUCUUUUACGGAGUCUAUCAAGACAGGACCAUGCUGGUGAAAUAUACGGACAUCGACUACCACGUGUUCACAGAUGCCGCCAGAUUCGUAACAGAGGGGAGCUCCCCAUACCAAAGAGCGACCUACCGCUACACCCCGCUGCUGGGCUGGAUCUUAACUCCAAACAUCUACCUUACUCCUCUUUAUGGAAAGCUGCUUUUCAUUACUGGGGAUAUAACAGCUGCAUACCUCAUAUACCAAAUCUUGCUGCUCAGAGGAGUGGACUCCAGCAAAGCCUUCGGGUACUGUGCUUUCUGGCUUCUCAAUCCUCUACCAAUGGCUGUGUCCAGCAGAGGAAAUGCAGAGUCUCUUGUAGCUGUACUUGUGCUUGCCACCAUGUAUUACAUAGAAAAGGGAAACCUAGUGAAAUCUGCUAUACUAUAUGGCUUUUCAGUGCAUAUGAAAAUUUACCCAGUGACUUAUGUUCUGCCAGUAGUCCUUCAUCUGCAGAAUGAUGGAUACUGUGGAAAAGGGACAGCAGAUACUAUCCAUUUAAAAAAAUCAAAGUUUACUCUUGUCUGGCAGCUUUUUUUAAGACUGCUGAACCGUGAUGUAUUGCUUUUUGUGGCAGUUAGUGGAUUUACAUUUUCAGCCUUGAGCCUUUCAUUUUAUUACCUCUAUGGUUGGGAGUUUUUGGAACAUACCUACCUCUACCAUUUGACCAGGAGGGAUAUCCGUCAUAACUUCUCCCCCUAUUUCUACAUGCUGUAUUUGACUGCAGAGAGUGAAUGGAGUUUUGCCCUAGGGCUUGUAGCUUUCCUGCCACAGCUGCUCCUUCUUCUAGUUGUGUCCUUAGCCUAUUACAAAGACCUUGUCUUUUGUUGUUUCCUACAUACUGCUAUUUUUGUAAGUUUUAACAAAGUGUGCACAUCUCAAUAUUUUCUUUGGUACCUCUGUCUCUUGCCCCUUGUAAUGCCUGUUGUGAGAUUGUCCUGGCAGCGGGGUGUUCUGCUUCUCCUUCUGUGGUUUCUUGGACAGGCACUGUGGCUGGCACCUGCAUAUUUUCUGGAGUUUAAAGGAAAGAAUACCUUUUUACUUAUAUGGCUGGCAGGCUUGCUUUUCCUUUUUAUUAAUUGCUUCAUCCUUGUUCAGAUUAUUUCUCAUUAUCAAAAAGGAGCACAAGUAACCAAGAAACUCAAAUGUCAGUAAUAUGCACAUCGGUCUGUGUGCCAAAUCCUACAAGUAAUCCCAUUGACUUUGAUGAGAUUGCUCAAGUGAGCAGGACUUGGCCGAAUAUCAGUAAUGCAAUUGUAUGUACACAGAACUAAAACACAUUGCCUAUAAAAAGGCUUUUCCAAUGUCAUGUGAUUUUUUUUGGGUGGGAGAGUGGGAUUAAGUGUCUGGGGACUUCACCACCACCACCACCACAGCUGGGAGAUGGCCUCCCAGCCCUGGUAGACAGACAUGUGCUAGCUCGAGCAGAGCUAGUGCACUAAAAGUAACAGUGUAGACAUGACAGGUUUCAGAGUAACAGCCGUGUUAGUCUGUAUUCGCAAAAAGAAAAGGAGGACUUGUGGCACCUUAGAGACUAACCAAUUUAUUUGAGCAUGAGCUUUCGUGAGCUACAGCUCACUUCAUCAGAUGCAUACCGUGGAAACUGCAGCAGACUUUAUAUAUACACAGAGAAUAUGAAACAAUACCUCCUCCCACCCCACUGUCCUGCUGGUAAUAGCUUAUCUAAAGUGAUCAUCAGGUGGGCCAUUUACAGCACAAAUCCAGGUUUUCUCACCCUCCACCCCCCCACACAAGCCUAAGCUAGCUGCCAGAGUAUGAGUCUGCCUGAUCUGAGCUCUGACCCAGGGAGGUGGCUUACCCAGUGCUGCAACCUCCACACUAUUUUUAGCAUGCUGGUAGUUGAGUCUGGCUCCCUGGGCUAGAAGCAUGUGUCCAGCUGCAGCAUAGGCAAACCCAGUUUGGUCUCAGUUUUGAGUAAACUCAGUAUUGGUAGACCUCAUAAGGUUGCAGAGAAGGGCUGUGUUCUGAUGAUAUCUUGUCAAACUCUGUUUUUUGUUAGGUUGAUGGAGAACAAAUAUAAUUUAAAGUGAUCGUUACCAAGUGAUCUAUAUUUUGUCUGCAUUUUAUGGGUACGCAGUCCUGAAGUUUUGCACUUGAUAUUUUUUUUUUU